CCAUUAUGUCUCGCUGCUUUGUGUGGUUCUGAUGGCAAGAAGAGGGAACGCGCGGGGUUGUAGUACAGCUAGAGAACCACCGCGAACCACUAGAGACAGUGUUGUUGUGGUUUCUUGUUUUCGUUAUAACGUUACUUUUCUGUCACCCUCAUCUGAUAUUGGACUAAGUUAACGUUGCUUCGGUAACAUACUGCAACAAGCAUCUCAGGUGUACUGGACAAAACCCGGUCAAGCUCUGGAGUAUUAGAAGAACGAAUGCUGAUUUGAGUUGCCGCUGGAAAACUCGUCGGUUCUGGAAUCCUGCUUGUUUGAUCCAUGAACAGCACAUCUGUAAGCAUCCUAACACUCAGGUGAAAAAUGGAAGUCGCCGUUCCAGAGGAGCCGCAAAAGAAAAUCUUCCGCGCCCGAAAAACCAUGAAGGCAAGCGAUCGACAGCAGCUUGAAGCUCUCCACAACACCCUGUCGUCAGUAUCGGCAAACGCCGCCACCCCACCUUCGUCGUCGCCGUCUUCGUCAACUUCCUCGACGACCCCGGCACCUAUGGUGAACGGCACGCAUUCUGAUGACUGUGUGAAGGCCACGGCGAAAAGCAAAGAACCAGGGAAAGAGAAGACAAAGGAGAGGGAGAAGACGGCCACAGUCAACGGGCCGAGCUCAAACUCGCCCGCCCCCGCCACCCCCGCCUCCGGUUCUGCGUCUCCGCACCUAGGACUGUCUCUGUCCCGGUCCCCCUCUCCGUCCACCCAGAGCCUCAAGCCCUCGGCGGCGGUGACGAAGAACGGCCCGAAGGAGAGCGAGAAGAAGGAGCAGGCCAAAGACGACUCCAAGGAAAAGGAGAAAGAGGAGGCCUCCCCUGAAGGCAAAGAGGCGGAGGAGGAGAAAAAAAAGAAGCAGAAGAAGCCGGAGAAAGAGAAGGAGAAAGAGAAGAAGUCCUCUUCAUCAGCCAGCCCAUCCACAUCCUCAAAUGAGAAGACAGGGGUCGAGAAAGACGCCAAGCCCACAGCGGACUCCGGCAAAACCAAGGAAAAGACAGAAAAGACCACGUCUAAGAGUCAAAGGUCAUCUCCGUCUCCAGCUUCUUCCCCGACAACGUUGGCAGCACAGGGGUCUGACCAGGAAGUAAAGGAGGGCUUCCUCUUCCUCAGUGAGGAGGAAGAGAAUGUGGCCGAGAAAGAGGAGAAGAAAGCCAAGCAGGAUGAAGAGAAGACAGAGGAAAAGAUGGAGGUAGACACGGAUAUGGACAAAGAGAAAGGGAAUGAGAAAAAGGAGGAGGAGGAGGAGGGUGAGACAAAGUCGAAGAAGAAGAAUGAGGGAAAGGCUUCUCGAUCGUCCAGCCCCACAGAAUUAGCAGGUGCAGCCACCGAUGCCACAUCCUCAAGCAAGAAGCGGACGUUGUCUCACGACGGAGAAAAGAGCGAAGAGAAGGCGAGAGAGGCGACCACAGAGGAGGAGAGGGGGGGCAAGCGGCCGAGGGUGGAGGGCCUCGAACUGGAGGUAGAAGCGCAGAUAGAGCUCAAGAUCACCGAGGGUGCUGCUGGCAGCCGCCUGAAACUUGAGAAGGUGGUGCAAAAGCUCGUGGAGGAGCGGCUUCGCGUGCUGGAGCUGACCGUGUUCGACCGUACUCUCCAGGAGCUGAAGGAGAGAGUGGAGAAGAUCGACUGUGCUACCAAGCACCAGGGCACGCUCAACACACUACAGGCCAGAAUCGCCCGACUAGUCAAGAAAUUUGGAGCUGCUAACCAGGCAUCGGAGAACAGCAGAAAGGUCCAAGAGGCGCUCAAAAAGACCCCACUUGCACCCCAAGUGAAUGCUGCUGCUGCUGCUACUACUGGUAUUAACAAUGGCAUUAGAACCGUUCGUGCGCUGAUUGAUGAGAAGCGAGCUAGCCAGAGCCCUACGGGGGUGGCCACUAUCUCAGCAGGGUCUCCAAUGCGGCCCAAGCCUCUCUCCACCCCGACCGCCACACCCACCACCUCCGCAUCACCGCUGGCAUCACCAGCUGCUGCCCCGGCGCCCAUGAUCCAGAUUCUCUCCACCGCCACCCCCAGCACUGCCGCCGUUGCCACGACCAACGCCACCACCUCCUCCGCUCCUGUCGCCGCGACCACGCUAUCGCAGGUCCAGGCCCAGGUGGCCCAAGGCGCGGUCCAGUCGGUGGCGCCCGGCCAGACUCAGGCGCUGCUGUUGAAGACUACACAGGGGAGUAACGGCCAGCCCCUUCUAAUCGUCGCCAACGGGGCCAUGAUCCCAGUCACCUCCCUGGCAACGGUCACCAACUCGCUGACCAACGGCAAGACCACCACCACCACCGCCUACAUCCUGCAGCCCAAGGCUGCCCUGGGCGCCACGACUGCGACCAUGGCGAUGACCCCAGGCGCCACCACCCAGGUGGUGCAGUCAGCGAUGGCUGCCGUGUCUGCUUCGCCGGCAGUGGCUUCGCCAACGCCGGUGACUCUGGCCAGAGCCUUGCACCAGAACGGCGGGGCAGGAGGGGUUGUUUCCGUGACAACGGCCCGUGCGCCUACCCAGAGCGCCGCAGCUAUUGUUGGAGUUGCCACAUCCUCUUCAGCCAACCCGGCUAGCAGUGUUCCUGCGGCAACAGGAGCAGCGGCUUCGGCCACACCGGCAGCUAGUGCCAUGGCCUCAAAGACAGACAAUCAAGCAACAAGCAGCACAGCAGUCAAAGCUGCAGCUCAGCCUGCAAAACCUGCGGGUUCCGUGAUUGAUCUGACUGAGGAUGAUGACGAUGUUCUAGUGACUGGCAUGAAGAAGGCCCCAGUUCCAGUGGCUGCAUCUGCUACUCCUAACCAACGUCCAAGUAGGCCUCCUCCACCUCUCAUCCCCUCCUCUGGUAACUCUGCCAGAGCCUCACCUCAGACCAACCAGCGGCCUCAGCUCACAGUGCACCACCGCCCCCCACUGGACUCUCCUUCCAAAUCGCGCGUCAGCAGCUCCUCUUCCACCCCUCCCUGCUCCUCCUCCUCCGCUGCCCCACCUCUCCCGCCCCUGCCCCCGGCGCCUGCCCCCCCCCGCCUCCCGCCCGAUGCCGCCCACACCUCCCCUCCCCAGCAGCCGCAGCUCAAGCUGGGGCGCGUGCAGAGCCAGAACGGUAUCGUGCUCUCCUGGUGCGUGGCCGAGACCGACCGCAACUGUGCCGCCGUCGAUUCCUACCACCUCUACGCGUACCACCAGGAGUCGCCGGCAGCAGGCGGCGCCUCCGCCGCCACAGGAAACGCAUCGCACUGGAAGAAGAUCGGCGAGGUGAAGGCGCUGCCUCUGCCUAUGGCCUGCACGCUGACGCAGUUUGUGUCGGGCUCGACGUACUACUUCGCGGUGCGCGGGCGGGAUGUACACGGCCGCUUCGGGCCCUUCUGCGAGCCGCAGUGCACCGACGUCAUCGGGGCGGCGCAGACCAACGUUGCUGUGGCAGCGGCAGCGUCGUCCACCUCUGCCUGAAGAGAAAACUGGGAAGAGGGAGAUGGGAGGGAGAGGAUUGUAGUAGUAAAAGACACCAACAAAGUUUGGGAAUUUUAGUGUCUCGUAGCUGCCUAUGAUAAGCAAAAGGGGGAAGAGAGAGCAGGAAUUCAUCUAAACUUUUUUUUUUUUUUUUCCACUGCCUGUGCGACCCAACCAA